AUGAACAAAGAUACGGACGGUUAUUUUAUUCAAAGGUUCUCAAGUUCGCCAUACCAUCGUCAAUAUUAUUCAUCGAUUAUGAACGACAUUCAACCGCGUCGUAAUAGCUAUCAAAUUGCUAUCAACACAUCAAAACAUGAUCAUAUCCAUAUGAAUAAUCGUAUACAGAUGAUUUCAUCGUCAUCCUCAGGGUCAUCUAUAAAUGGUCAUGUUCAUACAACCCGAUCGCUCUAUGCCGCUCAUGGUACAUAUGCAAAUUGUAAAAAUGAUCAUUUACAACGCAGUAUAAGUCAACCAGCCGUUCGUUCGCCUGAUAGUGAUUGUCUAUUAGAAAAUGCUACAUUUCUACUCGGUUCACCCGUACAUGCACUUCGACCAGCACAUUCCAAAUCGCGUACAACAUUACCAUCAACAAAUCCAGUAUCGACACGAAGUUCUAUCGCUGAACCUGAAUCUGUCGACGAUAGUAAUGAUUGUUCAAAUACAUCAUCCAUGUCGAAAAUAUCUAUCUAUCGUAUGGUUAUUAUUCGAUCGUUUGCAUCCCUGUUCGCGCUUGCUAGUCUUUUUCCAACUGAAGUUUUACAAACAUCUAUACACUCGAAUGAACUUAGUUUUCAAUCGCUAUUAACAUUUCAUUUAUGUGCCUUAGUUGGAGCGUUUGUUUUAGCUGCACAUGCAUCACGCAUACAUCUAGUUCGAUACCGUUGGACAAUAUCGAAUGUAUUGGCCUACGAUCGUUUUUCACAGAUAUUAAUUGUUAUUGCAACGAUAUUUACUGGUGCAUGGGUAGUCAUGCAAUAUUUUCAGUCAUACUAUCGUUUAUUACUUUUGAGUGCCGGCAUAAGCGGGAUUAGUUACAGUUGUAUGAUAAUAAAAUCCUUCGAUCAUAUAUUACAAUUGUCAACGUCACUACCUAUUCAAAGCAUUAAAAAUUUAACAAUGCGACUUAAUAUAUUUGCAUUUAUCUACAAUUCUCUAUGUCAUUUAGCAUUAACUAUUGGCGGCAUUUUUCUAUUUGCUAUUAUUCUAGUUCAACAAUAUCGACGUGAAUAUAUUUUAAUUGGUUCACAGCCAUGUCUUGUUAUUCCAUGUUUACAAUUCAAUGAUUCACAAGAUGAAAAUGAUCAAAUACUAAGACUACCACCACCGCCAACCAUAGUUAGUUUAACGCUACAUUUGAACGAGAAAAAACAAGAAUGGCAAAAUGAACCGUCACGUUAUAUAUUUUUUGUCAGUCUACUUAUAUUAACAAUAAUUAGUUUAUUACCACAAGCUGGUGCUGAAUGGACAACGUCAAUAUUAAGUAUGAGUAGACGUAUGUCAAUAUUAUAUUAUUCAAAUGAAAGUGCACAAAUGAAUAUAACAACAUCAUCGAAAAGACUUGUUCGUUAUCGUCAUUAUUUAUUUGCACUAUUUAUUGGUUUUCAAGAAGGUUAUCUUUUUGGUAAUAUUACAAAAUUUGAUGUCACAUGUCUUUUUGGUCUUCGACAUACAGUGGAAAUGAUGAUUAUCUAUGGAUUAGGUGGAACGAUAUCCAGUACAAUAUUAGCUUUUGUAACUAAACACAUUUCUAUUAUGAGUUCUGUAUCAUUUACCACACUUUUACAUUUUUUAACCAUGGGAUUUUUAUAUUACACUCGAACAUCGAGUCUACAUGGAAUAUCAACAUUGAAUAUGAAACAUAUGUCAUUUUUUUUCUUCGGAAUUGUGCUUGGCCUUUGGACAACAAUUGCCAUUCAUUGCCUAUGUAAUGCUACUAAAUUUUCUUCGUCAUCUAAAUUUGCUCAAUCACUUGCCAUGCGUUCUGUGGGCCGUAUAAUCGCUUAUGCUUGUACAUUACUCUUAUGCCAAUUAUCAUUUUUCAUUAUCAAUCUCAUUUGUCUAUUACUUGUUGUCAUUUUUAUACUUAUAUGCUAUUGCUGUUGUCAUGAAAAGGAAUAA